AUGAACGUUACCGUUGGCAUAAACCAGUGCCACCUGAUCGAUCCCCCUCGAGCCUUCAAGCACGGCGGUGUCCUGCCCGAGGCGGCCGGCUACAAGGAGGAGGAGGCGCACACGGUGUGCCGGGCGUUGUUCUGCGAGCAGGGCGAGGAGGACCUGAAGGCCGCCUUUGCGCUGUACGACAAGGAUAGCAACGGCCACAUCGACAAAGAGGAGUUUAGAAAAGCGUUGCCCUUGAUGGGCGAGGAUAUUAAAGAGGAGAAGAUCGACGAGGUCAUGGAAGGAGUGGACGCGAAGAAGACAGGGAAGUUGGAGUUCCCAGAAUUCUGCACCCUCGUGAGGCGCAUGAACCCCAAGGAGGCCCCCGACGCCCCCGCCGAGGAGGGCGAGGAUCCCCUGAAGGAUGCCUGGGGCAAG